GCACGACUUCUUUCAGCCCGCUCCCGCAUCACUGGUGGGCUCCGCCCCACUCUAGCCCGCGCCUCGUCUUCAAAGUACACGCAGAUACGACUCGCGUCCUUAUGCUCAGCUUGGCGGCCCGCACCAUCAACUGCCUACUCCCGCAUCAAAGCCUACUCCGACUCGCGGGCCUGACUCGCACUCGCCAGCCCAAAUCUUCCAUUUGAUCCGCCUAACAAUCCCGCGACAUUACAAAGCAGCCCAGGUCGUUCGUCCGCGCCAAUCCGGCCCGCCAGCUGCCCUACCCACCAGUACUACUGCACUUGAGCCCGCUUCGGCGCUCCAGUCCAACCAAGCCCACAGGCACUGAGCUCAGUAAAAAAGGGCUCAAACUCGCGCCAAUCUUGUGAAAGACAAGAAAGGCAACCAGUAGGAUACAAACCUUAAUUGUGAUCCAUAGGUGCAGCGCGCUAUUUUAAAGAUUCGCUUCUCCGACUCGCGGCGCACUCACGGAAGAUGAACCCACCACUCGCGGGCCCGCUUCAUACUCAUCCCCGUGACUCCACCGCCCAAGCUUGCGGCCCGCCGCGUCAACACUCGCAGCCCGCACUGCAGGCGGCCCAACUCGCGGCCCGCGUUCAACAGUCACGGAACUCUUCAAAAAUAUUAUCGCCGCCACCAGGAAUUGAACCCGCGUCACCCCUCCGCCAGACAAGCAACAUUACUAGUAGGCUACAUACGCGCCUUAUGACCCUUAGGAGCAGCACUCUUAUUUUAACAACUCUUCGCGUCGCUUUGCCAACAUAAAGCUAAGUACUCCAUCCCUCUAUCAUUAUUAAAUUUUUAAAUAUUUUACUUUCCUGAGCAUUAAUGACGCUAAUGGGGGGCAAGACGUACCCAACAACGUGGGAGAUGAGAAACUCACCAAGCUCUCGACGCCUUGAAGACUCCAAAAUGAGGGUUAAAAACCCCGACGAGGAGAGGGCACAUUGCCUUGAAGACUCCAAACUGAGGGUUAAAAACCCCGACGAGGAGAGGGCACAUUGCCUCGGUGAAUCUACAAAUAAGUCUCAACGAAGCACACAAAUAAGACUUCAAUAAGAGCAUCGAAGAUCUACAAAUAAGUCUCAACGAAGCACACAAGUAAGACUUCAAUAAGAGCAUCGAAGAUCUACAAAUAUGUCUCAACGAAGCACACAAAUAAGACUUCAAUAAGAGCAUCGAAGAUCUACAAAUAAGUCUCAACGAAGCACACAAGUAAGACUUUAAUAAGAGCAUCGAAUAAGCUACAAAUAAGUCUCAACGAAGCACACAAAUAAGACUUCAAUAAGAGCAUCGAAGAUCUACAAAUAAGUCCCAACGAAGCACACAAAUAAGACUUCAAUAAGAGCAUCGGUGAAUCUACAAUAUGAGAGUGUUCAACUACCUCUAUCUCCAAUAAAGGGCAAUAAACGUGCGCGGUAAGCCCGUAACGUAAUCGUGCGUCACAAGCGCACCAAUGAAAGAGUACACACUUGUGUGUGUGAAGAACUCCAAUAGAAGAGCGCUAAACGGCUUAAUGAAACGCACCAACUAGGGGCAUGACGCAGGAAGCUGGCACCGCGUCAGCCUAACGCGCCACCAGCUGGGUGCAACUGGGGGUACAUAGGGCUCCAUCCAAAAUUACCGACGAAGAUUAAAAACAAAAUAAUAAAUAAAUAAUAAGCUAGUGAUGAGUUAAAACUCAACACCAGUUUGGGGGGAAAUUGUUGGGGGUGUUACUAAGAUACUCCGCGCACAGACUAAGUAGUAGGGCGCACAAUCGGCGAUGCCCAACGCUCGAUACCCGCUACAGGUAUAUAAGGGCUUGAAGCCCUCCAAAGGAGGGAACUUCUCCUCUCUCCUCACUUUGGACUUUCCACCAUCUCUCUACACCCUAUCUCUCUACUUUAUUCUCUAAACUCUCUCCUGAAACUUAAACUAACUUGAUCGUCGGAGCUUAAUCCGGGGGGCAUCCCCGACUUUCCACAGGUUCUCUCCCUCCCAACAAGAUCAGAAAAACGGAUGGCGAUUCGACCCACACCAACAAAUAUCAUUGUUCAUACCUCGAGCUAGAUGGUACAAACAUAAACAAUAUACAAAUAUAAAUCUAUACCAUUUCACAAAAAAUCAAUACCAUUGCAGAUUUAGUCAAUACCAAUACAUGCAAAUCAAUACCAUUACAUGAUAAUCAAUACCAAUGCAACAAAAACAAUACCAAUGCAACAAAAUCAAUACCAAUGCGACAAAAACAAUACCAAUGCAAAAAAACACUACCACUACGAAAAAAUCACUACCAUUUCACGAAAAUACAUACCUUUACACAUCCAGAGAUCCAAUUAAUCACAGCAGCUAAUCAUAAUCAAGAUCUGAAUUCGACCGAGGGUUUGUGAUGAACAGUUCUUCAUCGAUCUUCUAGCUAGCUAGCUAGGGAGAGAGAGAGAGAGAGAGAGAGAGAGAGAGAGAGAGAGAGAGAGAGAGAUGAUGGAGGGGGUAUGGUGGCAGAGGGGUGGGGGGGAGGGGGAAGGGUAGGCGAAGGGGAGUGGAGACAGAGAGGGUGGCGGCAGGGUGGGAGGGGGAAGGGUAGGCGGAGGGGAGAGGCGAGGGAUGGGUGGCCAUCGGCAGGUGAGAGGGGGAGGGAGAUUUUUUUUUUUUUGUUGUUGACGGCUAGAAGGAUUGUAGUAGGGUUUGUAUAUAAUGUAUAAAAAUUUAUUUUUUAAGAAAAAGUAAUCAGGUGUGAUAUUUUUUUGUUUCCAAAGUUAUCACAUCGGCGGAUCUAGGGCUGCGCCAACCCGGGCCACGGCCCAGCCCUCCGCCGGAUCCAGAGCUAGUAUAGAGCUUAUAAAUUUUUCGAUUUAGGUAUUCGGCCCAGUAUUAUUUAAUGGUUGGUCGAGUGUUAUUUGAUAAUAAUUUUGUGUAGUUAGAAAAAUGGUAGAAAUGAACAUAUGAAAAUCAUUACUCUCAAUUUAGUUUAGGAAUUCUAGCCCGAUUGAUUUUCAUUUGAAAAAAACAAUAAAACCUAAAAGUCUAAAAUGUAAAAGAAUGUAUAAAGUUUCAUUGAAAUAAGAAAACCCUCUAAACAAAUUGAUUUGUGGGUUGAUUCGUCUAGUGUUGACCUUGCCCAUUUCAGCGGCUACCAUGGAGAGAACAUUUUAAGCAAUGAAAUAUGUGAAAACUAAUUUUGAGUAAACACAAUUUAUUAGUUAAACCUUUUAGACUUUCCAAAUUAUUCGCCAAACCUUUCGAAAUACAUAAUAUUAGCUAAAUAUUUUGUAACACAUCAAAAUAUUAGUCAUUUGUCUGUUAUCGUUGGUAAUCUUGUAACUAUUUUUUUAUUUGAAAUACUAAAAUUUAAAAAUAUUGACUAUUUUUGUUUACGGUAAAUAAUAUUAUAUUGAAAUGCGGCUCAAUGUUCUACUGUGUUCUGGAUCCGCCGCUGAGUUAUCCUUCAUCUAAUCUUUAUCGUCAAGAUAAAAAUAGGGUGAAAUAAAGAUAAUGAAUGGUAUAGAUUAUGGUAGCCACCGUAGUUACUCAAAAUUGAGUAACCACACUAACUCAUUUCUGAUUCAAGAGUUUUUUUUUUUAAUUCCUUUUGAUAAAUAGAUAAGAUAAGUGGCUAAUUUACUAGUGACGUAUGUAGGUGUUGGUUAACCAAGUUAUUGAUAGAUAAAAAUUUUAGUACGAUUCCUUUUCAUUACUUGUCAUUUUUAGUAAGAUUAUGGAUCGCAAUGUAAUUUAUCAUUCCUCUAGUUACCUGUUAAACGAGGUGGUCUAUUUAUUGUAAGGGUUUAGCUCAGCCGAACCCUAAGCUACGAAAUCAAUCAAUAAGAAAAUCUGAGAGCUCAUUCUCAGUCGACUAGUCUCCUUCAUACUGAACGAGAAAAACACGUAAUAACUCGAACUGUAUUUGUCAAUCAACUUAAAAAUUUAUAUAUAAUUAUCUUAUUUGAAGGUUUUAUGACAUAAAAUUGUUUUAAGGGCCAAAUUUUGGUUUAUUUUAAGAUGUCAUGGACUUAAUUGUUUAUAAAAAUUAAUGCUAAUUUUUCUCAUGCUAUAUAUACCGAUAUGAGUUGUGACUCAUAUCCUAAGCACGUGGUAAGUAAAAUUCGUGAAAGAUACAAUUGUAGUCUAGUUUAAAAUUCUCGAGUUUCCGAUCAUAUAUUUUCACAUCGUUUAGUGGAAUUUAUCAACAGAACAACAAAUCAUAAUAAGACUUCAACAGUUUUGCAAAUUUUUUCAUGAUAGAUUUAGAUGGUUUUGGUAAUCUUUUCCAAAAUAGAUUCUUAGGUUCCAAACAACCGUAACAUUAAGACUAUCAAUAUGUUUGGUCGGGUUAGGAGUUAGGACAUGGGACGAUAGAUGUCUUUGCCUGAUUUUCUAGUGUCUACGCGCGCUGGGGCAUAAAUUCUUUGUCCUUUGGACGUGAACAUUUUCCUAACGUGUCCCAGCAAUAGGCAUUAGUGUCCCAUUAUUUGUCUCGUUUCCAUGGACUACUUGUUUGUUACUUUCUCUCAUGUAUCUGCGCAUGUACAUACUUCAGCUUCGUCCCACUCUCGUGCAAGAAUGAAAGAAUGAAAGGGUUCAUAUAUAGAGACCUGACUUUGCCUAAUGAAGAAUAAGUUAAGACUUCGUCAGAACGAGGUUAGUUGCUAACCCCUAGAGGCUUAGCACCAUACUAACUUGGGAUGGGAUUAGGUGCUAACCCUUAUAGGGGUUAGCACCGUGAUAACUAACAAAAAACGCUACUAAAAAUAAUGAAAUCACUACGGAUUAUUAUAAAAUCAAUACAACAUCUAAGCUAAAUCACUACUAAUUCAAACUAGUAGUAGUUUUUCCCUUGGUUAGGACGGUGCUAACUAUUGUACAAUUAGCACCGUAGCCGUUCCCAUACUAACUUCUAUAACAAUCAAUUGAUUCAAAUAAAAAUAAUAACAUAUGAUUGAAGUCAACAUCCUAUCUUCUCACGAAUUUGUCCCAAAGAAUUUUAUUAAAAGCUUCUUCAUUCAUCAAUCGAGCAUUGAGCUACCAAAUUAGAAAGCCAAGUUAGCUUAUAUAUACCAAACGAUCCUUUCUCCUACCCCCAUAGAUACCCGGCAAACCUUAAAAGCAUUUAAUACGAGCUUUCCAGCCCUGCCAAUGGUCACCAAAAGGUAACAUAGAAAUGGCGGCUACCAAAUAUCAACCCAAUAUCUCCUGAGCACAAAUUUGCGCCUUUACCACCUCCACCACCCCUUAGUGGUUACCAAUUGCAGCUUUGCUGUAUCCUUCCAAUACAAGAAAAAGUGUUUUUAGCAACCAAAAAGUUGUCUCUAAAAAUCCAAAACUGGUUAUUAAAACUUCUUUGCAAUCAAAAAAUUUUGGUAGCAGAAUUGAUCGCUAUAGCCGCGUUACUAGUUCCUAGCGCAACCAAAAUACGAAUUGGUAGCGAAAAACCCAUGAUUUCGCCAAUUUCGCCAAUGGUAAAAACUAGGGGUGGAAGUUUGGGUUGCGGGUUGUGGAUAAUCCGCAAACCGCACCAACCCACACCUAUUGUGGGUAACCAGUUUAAUUUUGUUGUCAUAGUUCAAACUAAUGGUUGAGAAAUGUAGGUGAUUGGUCGCCAUAAAUACAAAUGAUAUGUGAGUAUUAGCAAUCUAUUUUAUUGGAUGCAAAUUUAAGUUUCAAAGAUGACUAUUUAAUUUGGUUGGUAAAUUAAAAUAUGACAACCACUAUUUUUGAUUAUGAAAGUUUAACACAGCUAUAAAAUUUGGUCAUGAACAAUAUAUUUGCCGACCAACCACAUAAUUUUGAAUGACUAAUUAAUUUGGUUAUAAAAGUUAAGCACAACCAUAAGAAUUGGUCGUGAAAACCACAUACCUCAACCAAUUAAAGCAUUUUGGUGACCAAUAAUUUUAGUCAUGGAAGUUUAAAGCAACCAUAAAAAUUGACAUAAAAAUACAUAUAUCGACCACCUUGAGUAUGAAAAUGAUAUUUAAACCAUGAAUUGUCUGAUCUUUCGGACAUAAUACUUUACUCUAACCCUUAAAGAUCAAAAUCUAGGUCUUAGUUCUCUAAAUCUUAUACUCCAAGAUCAAUUUAAUUAGAAUCAUAAUCGACGAUUAUGAUUCGUCCAAAUAAAGGCAAAAAAAGAAUGCACCAUCUUAGGGUUUAUAGUUUAUGAUUUAGAUAAUUAAGAACUAGGGUUCACUCAUUAAGGGUUAGGGUAUAGUAUCAGGUCCAAAAAUACUGCUAAUUCUAGGUCUAGAUAACAUUUUCAUACUCAAGGUAUGCGGUACCCUGGAUUUCACCCAGGGUACCAUAGAAGGCACCAUCGACCACCUAUAUCAUGUUUGGCAACUAAUCAUUUUAGUUAUGAAAUUUUUAUAUAACCAUAAAAUUUGGUCGUAAAAAUCUAUAUGCCGACCAAUCAUAUUUUUUAGGUAACAAAUUUUAUUAGUUAUAAAAGUUUAACUCAACUAUAAUAAUUGGUCAUAAAAUAUGUGAAUGACGAUCAACCAUAUCCUCUACAACUAAUUCUUAUGGUUAUAAAAAUUUAAAUGCAACUAUAAGAAUUGGUUGCGAAAAAAUACAUAAGCCAAAAAAAAAUUCAUUUCAAAUGACCAAUUUGGUCGAUAAGAUUCUGGUCAUUAUAUGAAAAUAUUAAAAAUUAAAUAGAAUUGCAAUAAAAAAUUUGCUACAUAUAAAAAAAUUGUUUAGUAACCAAAAGUACAAUUGCACAAUUUAUUGUCUAGUCAACCAAAGUCUAAUUCCUCCGAAGAUAGCAACUUGAUAAUCCCAGGCCUUUUAUUGGUUCAGAAUUUGUCACUUUUUGACCACAUUCAAACACAGGAUCAACUUUUCUAUAUUAUACAUGGACAGUUAAGAGCAACGUUAAUGAUUGAAUUGAUUGAUUUUUACCUGAAAUUGAAGUAGGCAAAAGGCAAUAUUCCCUCCAUAUCUAACACGAAGCUCUCAUCUCGAACCCAAACGGCUUCUCCGGAGACAAAGUCGCAUUUAUCUUUUCCCUAGCUUCCUGGAGAGUGUGUAUUCCAAAGUUCUAGAUUAUCAAAAUACGAACAUUAACAAAGUUCAUCAGUGUCUCGAAUUGAAGCAUAUAUAUGUAUAUGAAUAUGACUUCUCUAACGUUAGCUAUUUCUCCCUUUGUCAUGAUUACCUGUUUUUGCCUAGCACGGGAGAGAGCCCUGUCAAGCUUGUUAAUCACACUAACACAACAUGAUCAGCCACAAUACUGACAGCAAGGCUAAGCCACCCAAGUCUACUGUUUGAUCUAACUCAAACAACCAAAAUAAUAAAACACAAGAAUCAUUAAUGAAGCUAAAGAUAAGGGAGGUUUGCAUAAUGUGGACAAUCAGUCAGCUAAACUUGAUUAAAUAUAGACAAAAAAAUAUAUCAGCAAACAAUUUGUUGGAAGAGAAUCUAUAGUAACCUCUAUAAGGAUCCCGUCUAAGAAAAGAACUGGGAUCUAAAAUGCCCAUCCACAGAAAUAUCAUUGACUGCUCGAGGGAUGGUUCAGAACACUGAAAGUACAGUUACUAUCGGCUAGAUGAGCAACAAGAGAAACAUAAAAUGGAAGCCAGCAGUUCCAGAAACAUAAUAAGUAACAAAGGGAUCUUAAUUACAGCAACCCCUGUGCUUUUCUCUACCCCUACAGUUCCAGUUUACAGAAUAGCUUUAUACACAGAACAUAUGUUGUUUACCAGAAGCUUGAAGUCAGUUGGUGAUAAAUAGCAUAGGAUUGGCUAGCACCAUGAUUAAUAGUAUGUCUCAAGGAGACAAAGGUUAUAAUAAUCAUUAGUUCAAUUCCAAACUCGUUUCACUUUCGAAUUUGCUUCUAGAUCCAUUAAUUAAUUAAUUAAUUAAUAUAUAAAAUUCCUAGGUUGCAAGUUACUAUUCAUUAGGGGCUCUCACACUCCUCCAAGUGCAAGUAGGGAAGUUCCAAGUCCUUCUUUUACCCCACUCUCCAUUCUACAACCUUUGUGUUUAGUUAUUGUUCGCUAGGUUUUCGUCUAUGCCAUUUUGCACAAAUCAGCGCCUUUGCGUUUUGUUAUUGUUCGCUAGGUUUUUCGUCCUUUGUGUUUAGUUAUGGUUCGCUAGGUUUUCGUCUAUGGCUUUUUGCACAAAUCAUCGUCUUUGUGUUUAGUUAUUGUUCGCUAGGUUUUCGUCUAUGGCUUUUUGCACAAAUCAUCGCCUUUGUGUUUUGUUAUUGUUCGUUAGGUUUUCGUCUAUGGCUUUUUGCACAAAUCUUUGCCUUUGUGUUUUGUUAUUGUUCGCUAGGUUUUCGUUUGUGGCUUUUUGCAAAAAAAAAAAAAAUCGCCUUUGUGUUUAAUUAUUGUUCACUAGGUUUUGCAAAAAAAAUAGCCACAAGAUAUUUUCGGCUCAGCCUGGCUCCGGCCGCCGGAAUUUUUCGGCCCGGCCAGGUUCCAGCUACUGGAAUUUUUCGGCCCGGCCAGGUUCCGGCCGCCGGAAUUUUUCGGCCCACCGUCUGUUCGUUGAAAUUUUUUGGAAAAAUUCGAUUUUAGGAGUUGAAUUUAGAGUUUAGGAGUUGAAUUUAGCGUGUAAGAAUUGAAUUUAGAGUUUAGGAGUUGAAUUUAGCGGUUAAGACUUGAAAUUAGCGUUUAGGUUCACAGGAAUAUUGAUGUAUUAUAUUGUAAUUGUAGGAAAAAUGUCAGAGUUGUUACCGGCCGAUCAUGAUUACACACAGGAAUUUGAGAAUGGGAUCCAUUAUGCAAGUGUGAAGUUAGCUGAGUUAGCUGCAAGAACAAUCGCUCAGGAGUGUGGGUUCUUUAUUGUUAGAGGAGCAUGGAAACCGAAUACUGCUGGACUACAUCCUGUUACUGCCCUCUGUAUGUAUUGCGACAGAAGUAGUAGGAUCGUUAAGUCUUAUAAACCAGACCCUACGAAGGAGACGCGUGGGAAUAUUAGUUCGAAGGGUACUGGUUGCCAGUUUCAGAUAUGUAUAAAGGAAGUAUGGCAAAAGGAUGGUCCAAACACAUGGGUCAUAGUGGGAGUGACAAGUCGUGAAACCGGAGCUAAUAGAGGGUUUCACAACCAUGAAAAGGUGUUGUAUCCAGAACAUCACCGACACAACAAACAGUUUAGUGAGGCUGAAAAAGAGAGGUUAAGAUUAAUGAGGAAGGCGGGGGUGAGACCAAAUCAGCAGAAGACGACACUCAAUACUGAAGGGGGUGUGCAUCAUGAUAUCAAACAGAUGUACAACAUAAAUUCCAAGACAAGAUUGGAUGAGAUGGGUGAAAUGGAUGCGAUACAGUUUGCGCUUCACGGAGCUGAACAUCGUGGGUACCAUAUCCGUUUGCAAAAGGACUCUAAUAAUGUGCUCACUAAUAUGUUUUUUGCGCACCCGACGUCCAUUCAGAUGUUGCAUGCAUGGUCGUACGUCAUCCUUAUUGACUCGACCUACAAGACCAACAGGUACGGCUGGCCAUGGGUUGAGAUUAUUGGGGUUACUCCAGUCAAGAAGAAUUUCAACAUUGCAUGUGCAAUUAUUAAGCAGGAAACAAAGGAAACAUAUGAGUGGCUGCUGCGAUGUUUUUGAGGAGGGUCGUUAGUUCUGAGGCAAUCAAACUUAUGUUAGAUGGGGCGGCGGAGUUGAAGGACAGUUGUGCGUGUCAUUUUCAGAUGACACAUGGGCUCAAGUGUGCUUGCCAGAUUGUUCAAGCUAAGGAAGAAGGACGUCAAUUCUAUGCUCAAGAGUUGCAUGUAUUUUGACCGUUUGGUAUAUUUUUGUAGAUUACUCAUCCCAGGCCCCCCAGGGCAAUAUUCUUACCCUUACAUCGAUGAGCUUUUUCCAGAGUUUGUUCGACCUUUGCUGGUAGGCGAUUUCAACCCUAGUCCAGACGGCCAUUGUGGUUUUAGGGCACUUUCUCAUUGUAUUUAUGGGGAUGAUAGUCACUAUCUGCUCAUGAGAUCGACGAUUGUCUAAGAAAUCCAACAACAUUUU